CUUUCCCUUCCCUUGUCGUCUGUCGCGCUUCGCUUCUUCUUUUCAUGGAUUUUUACUCCGAACCAGUCUCUCGUUCUACCGUGCUCCUGUCUGCGAUUGACGCAAGCAAUCCGAGGCACGGCUUCCCGAACCCAUAGUAACGCAAGCAGGCAGCCUCGUAUCACCAUUGUUAACUGCCGUACGCUCGACAGACAUAUGCUGAGGAGCUGAAACCCUUGAAAUUUUGAUUUCCCCGACUGCGAUUGUACACUAUCUAGAGCCAUGUCGCAAGCCAGGUGGAAAGUCGGCUCUUUCCUGCAGCAGGCCGUCGCAGGUGUCGAGUCGCGGCUAGAUCAAAUGCUGACAGAGGAGGAAGACGCCAAACGGUCGCAACACAAACAGGCGGCCGUGAGAACAAAGUCGGGCGAACAAACUGGUAACAUCUCGCGCAGUUCGUCGAACGCCCGGAAAAAUGACCGACUUCAGGAACGCCUAGCUCGUGCUAUGGCCAAGAACAACGCUAUGAAUACUCCAGAUUCCUCCUCCGCCGUUGUAUCUCCUAUUAGCAGCCCGGUUCAGAGCAACGGCGCACGAUCGAGCAUGGACAUAGAAUCUAGUCUCGGCUCACCUCCCAGGGAAAUAACUCCACUUCCGGAUACUGGGUCUGGCUCGCCGGCGGCGGCGCUCUCACGUAUGAGCCAUGACUCUUCAUCCUCCCCGCGCGUGUCGUCGGAAGCUGCGGCACCAACACCUAGCGAGAAAGAUACUUUGGCAUCUGCUCCGGCUUCUGAGGCAGGCGGAGAGACUGAUCCUUCAUCUGCACCAAAAGAGCCCGCACCGAUUGGUAGUGGCUCUUCUGCGGAGAGGGGUAUCACUCCGGCAAAUGAGGAAGAGAAUCCGGAUGGACUUCAGCAAUCGGAUAAGAAAGCUGUCGAAUCCGAAUUACAAGAGGAGAUACACGGAUAUAUUGAGCGAAUCGAUGCCUUACAGUCGAAACUGAAAUACCUAGCCCAGGAAGCCGCAGAGUCGGCACGAAAGGCGGCGGCUACAGCGGAACCUGGAAGUGUUGAUAGACAGCUUCGGGAGAAGGAUGAGAGGAUCGCGCUUCUGUUGGAGGAGGGACAGAAGCUCUCCAAGACGGAGAUGGACCAUCGAACGCUGAUCAAGAAGCUCCGACAACAGCUAGCAGAAAAUUCCAAGCUCCAGGCCGAGGCGAAGAAGAAAAAUGACCGGCUAGAGAGGGACUUAGCCAAUGCGGAAGCUAGGGUUAAGCGGGCAGAGGCAGCGGAGAAGAGAGCCACUGGGUCUCUUUCCGCGCAGACAAAGACUGCUCGAGACUUGGAGACCGUAACUGCUGAACGGAAUGCUUUAAGCCAAACGGUUCAGGAAAUGAAGGGACAGCUUGCUCGAGCAGUCUCGAGGGCGGAUGCAGCAGAGGCAAAGGCCAACUCCGAUGCCUUGGAGCGGGAAAAGCAGCGUGCCAAUCAGCUGGAAGAGGAACUCUCAAGCGCUAGGAUUGAACGCGAAAUCAGCGAGGAAAAGCUCAAGAGAGAAAUAGCUGAUCUCAAGGAGGCUAUUGAACAGGAGAAAGAAAGGGCUCGAGUUCUGGAAGUGGAGCUGAAAGGGGAGCAGUCCGUAUUGGAGAGCAAGAUGGAGUCUCUACGGUCAAGGGCGGAGGAAGCAUCUUCUGGGGUGGCUGGGGAUGCGCAGGUUAAACUCCUACGUCAAAUUGAGACGUUGCAGACACAGUACGCCGCUGCCAGCGAGAAUUGGCAGGCUUUAGAAGGCUCUCUACUUUCGCGUCUAGCGAAUGUAGAAAAGGAACGCGACGAGGUCGCGCGGCGGGAGGCUGAGGCACGAAGAAAGAUUCGCGAGAUGAACCUCAAGGUGAAGCGACUUGAAGAGGACCUCGAAAGCGCACAGGAAAACGAGCGCGACCUCUCAGAUAGAAUAGAGGAACGCUCUCAGGAACUACAGAAGGCUGAGCAGAAGCUGAGAAAAGCCAUUGACGAGCUAACUGCCGCACAAAAUGAAAUGGCUGAGCAGAAGGCCAUUAGUGAUGCAACAUGGACACAAAAGCUAGAAGAUGAGCGGGCAAAGUGGCGUGAACAAGCCAUGCGCCCCAUGAAUCCCCUCCGGCGCAACGAGUCUCCUGUUUCCUCUCAUCGACCCAGUAUACUGGAAGCUCCCACCUCGCUCUCAGACUACCGGCCAACAAGCCGACGCUCGUCCGCUAUACCAGGUGUCAUCCCUGACAUAAACACUCCUCCACGCCAGAAUUCCCUUCCGGUUUCAGCCUCUCAAUCGGUUUUGUCGCCGAUACUUUCAGAGAAGGGUUCACUCCCAACAGUGCCCGGGUCGCCAAAGCUGCUUGAACCAGAUGAGUUCUUCAUCGGCUCGCGGACGCCGUCAGCAUUCGGUGGCACUGCAACACACUCGCGGGGCAUCAACGAUAUUAUUUCUGAAUCCACUGUCGGCGCGGGGCCGUCAGUUCAGCUCGUUGAGCGCAUGAGCGCCACCGUACGCCGGCUGGAGAGCGAACGCGCCGCUUCGAAGGACGAAAUGGCCCGCAUAACCGCCCAACGUGACGAAGCCCGCGAACAAGUCGUUGAACUGAUGCGAGAGGUGGAGGAGAAGAGAGCAUCUGAUUCACAGGUGCAAGAGCUACAGCAGAAACUCGAAGAUCUCGACAGACGAUACGAGACCACGCUUGAGUUACUUGGUGAGAAGAGCGAGCAGGUUGAGGAGCUUCAAGCCGACAUUGCGGAUCUCAAGAAGAUAUAUCGCGAGUUGGUAGACAGCACAAUGAAGUGA